UUCUCCCCGUCUACACCUUUGCUUUUCUCCUUCGCUGUAGCCUCAUAUGCCUUUGGCCGUCUCGGCUGCUAAUGUGGCCUUCCUCCUCCAUUGCCCCAUCCUAUAGAACCGCCAACUGAUAAGACUUACUGAAAGCUAGUUCGACGCCCUGCUUGUGGACUCCCGUAGACCUAGGAUAUGAUUCCAAGGCGGGAGCCCUGCAGAAAUUUCCAACGCGGAAGUUGUCAGUAUGGAGACCGUUGUAAGUUUCUCCAUCUUACCCAGCCACAAACAAGGUCCAAUCCUUUUGGAUUUGGCUCCCAAAGCUCUUCACAGUUUUCACGAGCCAGUCAGCAACCAAAGCCCAAUACAUUUGGAUUUGGGGUUCAGGAUACUACCCAGUUGAGUGGAGUGAACAAUUUUGUUGCUAGAAAUCAAAAUCCUUCUAAGCUGUUUGAAAAUAAGUGGAUCCGGCCCACAGCUACAACAAACUCUACGUCCUCUCAAGAAACAGAUACUCAAAAACAAGCAGCCGUUCAUGAGUGUACAGAUCCCGAGUCAUGUAAACGUCAAAUAAUAGAGGAUCUAAAAAAUGAGGCACCUCUUUGGAAGCUUACUUGUUAUGGCCACUGGAAAUAUCUUCCAUGUGAUAUUGUUGGUGAUAUUAGUUAUGAAGAAUUGCGUGCAAAUGCAUAUGAGGAUGCAAAAAGAGGGUUACCACUGCAGUCAAUUGUCGAAAGGGAGAGAAACUUAUGGAAUUCAAAGGUAGCUGAAUUUGAUAAUCUACUUCGGAGUCCGUAUGUAAUACGAAGCUCUGGUCCUACUGCAGUGAAUCAAUUUUCCAUUAGUAGUAACACUUUGACUGUCAGUCCUUUGAGUAAUAAACCACCUACAUUUUCAAGUUUUAGUCAGCUUGGAACAUCAGCUAGUGUUGCACCUUUCAUGAGUUCUGGAAGCCUGAUAUCAGGAACUCCGUCAAAUACUGUUUUUACUCAGCCAAGCUUUCCCAAAAUUGCAAGUCAAAUUUCAGGUGGAUCUGAGAUGAAAUUUGGUGCUUCUGGAACUGUCGGUGGGCAACUACCAAUGCAACAAUUUGGGAGUUCACCAGGACCAAGCAACUCUGGAAGAACCAAUGGAACAUUUGUUGGUGAACCGCGAUUGCAACAAUUUGGAAGUUCACCAGGACCAAGCAAGUCCAACAUCACCAAUGGUUUCAUGGCUAUGGGAACUGAGCAAGCCCCCUUACGUUCAAUCCCUCAAUUUUUUAGCAGCAGCAGUAAUCAAUCAUCAGGGUCUCUUGAUGGACCUAAAGCUGUUCAAAGUGCACCUAACCAGGCAGCUGCAGGGGACAAGCAAGAUAUAGGUGCUGAUGACACGAUCUGGUUAAAGGAAUGGGAUAUUGGAGAG